AUGAACGACGAAGUUCAUGAAACUCCACCCCUUAUUUGGGUUUAUGAAACAGUCGCAUUCAUCUUUCAUUUGGUAUUCAACAUAUUUUUCCGCAAAAUAUCCCGCCGUGGUGCGUUCAAGAUCCCCAGGACUGGUCCGAUCAUUUUCGUUGCCGCGCCCCAUGCGAACCAGUUCAUUGAUCCGAUGGUCGUUUUGAUUCAGAUUCUAGAUGCUGCUCGUCGGCAUGUAUCAUUUUUGAUCGCACAGGCUUCGUACGAUAAACCGUUCAUUGGAUGGCUCUCCAGGCGCAUGCUUGCCAUUCCAGUUGGGAGAGUUCAAGAUACUUUGAAAAAGGCCCAGGGAACCAUCUCUUUUGAUGCGGUUGACAAUACAAUUAUUAUUGGCCACGGGACCUCUUUCACAACCGAAUGCCAUGUACGCGGGUUCGUAGGGGUGUCUGGCUCGGGUGAUCUGGCAGAAAUCAAGGAGAUCAUUAGCGAUACUAAGCUGGUCCUCAAAGCACCAUUCGAAAGCGUCAAAGCUAAAUCAACGCUUGCUAAAGGAAAUGCGCAGUUUAAGGUUGCCGACCGAGUCGACAAUUCCAAAAUGUUCCACAAUGUCUUUGAACAUUUGUCUGAGGGCCAUUGCAUUGGAAUCUUUCCCGAGGGUGGUUCGCAUGAUCGCACAGAACUUUUGCCACUCAAACCUGGUGUAGCUAUUAUGGCGCUGGGGACUUUGGCAAAGUCGCCUGAUUGCGGUUUGAAAAUCAUGCCCCUAGGUCUCAAUUACUUCCAUCCUCACAAAUUCCGCAGCCGAGUCGUUAUUGAGUUUGGCGACCCGUUGACGGUCAAUCCGGAACAUGUCAAAGAGUAUGUCGAAGGAGGUGCAGAUGGUAAGAAGAGCGCAACGAAGAAGUUAAUGAAAGAUAUUUUGGACGCAUUGGAGAGCGUUACUGUUCAGACGCCUGACUACGAAACCCUGAUGCUUAUCCAGGCUGGACAGCGGCUGUACAGACCAUCACGGCACAUCCCGUUGUCUUUGACGAUUGAGUUCAGACGACGGUUCGUUCAAGCAUAUGCUGCUUUCAAAGACGACGAAAGAGUCAUCGAGCUGAAAAAAGAAGUACUAGAAUACAAUGAAGAGCUUCAGUCGCUCGGCCUCAAAGAUCAUCAGGUCCCGAACGCUGUUCGAGACAAGCAGCAAGUUCUCAUCCGUCUGGUGACUCAAUUCCUGACAAUUACAGGCCUAUGGAUCCUUUGCAUUCCUGGCGCCCUUUUGUUCAGUCCAGUUGUGGUUGCCUGCCGUGUGAUCUCUCGAAGAAAGGCCGCUGCUGCCCUCAGGGCAUCGUCAGUCAAAAUUAAGGCACGCGAUGUUAUUGGAACCUGGAAAGUGCUGGUGGCACUAUGGCUCACUCCUUCAUUAUACACUUUUUAUUCCCUCACUGCCGCCUAUUUUGUGUUCAAGUACUGGUCGCUGGUGGACUUCACGUGGAUAAGAUUGGCACUAUUUUCAAUUGUAUCAACAAUCGCUUUGUUCGCUGCAUCAUUUGCAACACUCGUUAUUGGUGAGCGGGGCCUAGACAUGUUCAAGUCCCUAUGGCCGUUGGUGCUUGCCCUGUCGCCGGCUCACGUUGACACCCUUGAAGCAUUGCGGUUGAAGCGUCAACAACUGGUGGCUACUCUUACUGAACUGGUCGAUGAUCUUGGGCCAGAGUUGUUCCCGGAUAUCAGAGAAAGACUCGAAGGCACCGCAAAGUCUGCCAAGCCUAUUCCGGCAGAAUCGGAUGCCCGCAUGGACUUGCGCGGCCUCAACUCUUCUAUCAACAUCCAGGGAGACUACAACCUUGCGGAUGUGCCUGUAUUCAGUAGCUACGUGCUCUCUGAAGGCCCCAGCAGAGUGUCUAGGAAAGGUUCCUCAGGCCAGCAGAAUGCCGCUGAGACUACAGGUGUUGAUCUUAAUCAAGAAAUUACCAAGCGUUUACAAAAGUUAGACUAA